AUGAGCUCUUCGCAUUCCCAAGCUCCGCAAGAUCUUCCUGACCGCAGGCUGUGCGUUGCGCCCAUGAUGGACUGGACGGACCGGUAUGACCGUUACUUCCUGCGGUUAAUCUCCAAGAACACAUGGAUGUACUCGGAGAUGGUGACGACCUCCGCCAUCCUGAAUGGCAACCAAGACCGCCUGCUGGGCUUCUUUCCUCAAGAGCACCCCAUCGCUCUUCAGUUGGGGGGCAGCGACCCAGAGGACUUGGCCAAGUGCGCCAAGGUCGGGGAGAGCUACGGGUACGACGAGAUCAACCUCAACGUGGGAUGCCCGUCCGAGCGAGUCUCGACAGGUUCGUUCGGAGCCUGUCUGAUGGCUGAGCCGGAGCUCGUGAGAGACUGUGUGGCGGCGAUGCGGGAGAGUGUGAAAGUCCCAGUGACUGUGAAGCAUCGGAUCGGCAUCGACCAUCUAGACAGCUACGACCUCCUCUGCAAGUUCGUGUCGACAGUGGAGGAGGGAGGAUGCAAGACGUUCAUAGUGCAUGCGAGGAAGGCGAUCCUCAAGGGUCUCUCCCCCAAGGAGAACCGCGAGAUUCCUCCGCUCCAGUACCACGUCGUCCACCAGCUGAAGCAGGACUUUCCUCAGCUGGAGAUCAUCAUCAACGGAGGCAUCACCGACCUCUCUCAGGCUCGCGCGCACCUGGAGCAGGCAGGAAGAGCUGGAGGGAUGGAUGGCGUGAUGAUCGGACGAUCUGCUUACCAUGAACCUUACAAGAUCCUUUCUCGAGCUGAUAUGGAGAUCUACAACGAUGAGGGGGGUGGAGUCACGUACUUUCAGAUAAUUGAGGAGAUGCUACCCUUCAUUGAUGAGCAGCUCAAGGCGGGAGUUUCUCUCAACAGUAUCACCCGUCACAUGCAAGGUCUCUUCCAUGGCUGCCCCGGCGGCCGGGCGUUUCGUCGCCACCUCUCGUGA